AUGGCUACCCACACACAACCUCCAAGUGGCCAUGUAGGCAAGCUCACCGCGUCGGAGGGCCAAAAGCUCCGCGAGUUCUGGAGGAUCUUGAUCCAAUCGUGGGACACGAGCAUGCCAGCCCCUGAAGGAGCCUCUGGGAAAGUAAAGUCCGCACCCAAAGGCCAUCGGAGGCUCUUCUCGUUGGGUCGGGCUUUCGCAGCACCGCCUACGCCAGAGGAGACAUCGGCUAUUCCACCAAAUCUGCUUGCCACUCUCAAGGUGUGGGAUGCGGGUCCAGGCGACAUCAAAACCAUCCAAUCGCUGAUGGUGAAAUUCCCAGGUGUCAGACUCCGCUUCGCGUUUUUAGCUGCGCUCAAACAGGACCACCCCGAUGCCUUGCUGCUCCGUUUCCUCCGAGCCGAAAAGUGGAACCUCCCCAAGGCCUGGAUCAAGUUUGCUGCGUCUCUCAACUGGCGAAUCAAUGAAUACAAGGUUGAUAAGGAGGUGAUGCUCAAGGGGGAAGCCUAUGCACUGGAAAAGUCUCAAGCUCGCAGUAUCUCUUCAGAGAAGAAAGAUGCCCAAGGCUUUGCCCUGCAACUCACCAGUGGCAAAGCUUUCUUCCAUGGAUGUGACAGAUGGAACCGACCUGUCUGUAUAGUGCGAGUGCGAUCCCACGACCCAAACACUCAGACGCAAAAAGCCAUCAAUGACUACAUUGUGUACUGCAUGGAGACUGUGCGUCUUCUUCAGGUCUCUCCUGUAGAGACACUCGUGGUUGUAUUUGACUUGACCUCGUUUACUCUGGCGAAUUGGGACUUCCCUUCGAUUAAAUUCGUGAUCGACUGCUUCCAAGAGAACUAUCCCGAGUCACUUGGCGCCAUGAUCUUAUAUAACGCCCCAUGGGUCUUCUCCGGCAUGUGGAAAAUCAUCCAAGGGAUCCUCGAUCCAGUAGUUGCCGCGAAGGUCCACUUCAUCAACGGCGCUCAGGAGCUUGAGAAAGUCAUAGCCCGCGAUCGCAUUCUGAAAGAGCUCGGCGGAGAUGAAGAUUGGGAAUAUACAUACGUCGAGCCUGGCCCCGAAGAGAAAGAGAAGCUCAAGGACAAGGCUGCCCGAGAUGUCAUUCUAGCAGAGCGGGAGCAGCUUGGCGAUGAGCUUUUUAGCCUGACUGCUGAGUGGAUUGCAAACCCGGAUUCCAGAUCCUUGUACUCAAGAAACGAUGUGAUUGAAGAGCUCCGCAGGAAUUACUGGGAUCUGGACCCCUACGUACGGGUGCGUUCCAUCCUCGACCGGACUGGAAUAAUCAAAGGGGACGGAUUGGUGGACUUCUACCCUGCACCUAAGCCCAAGAGUGACGUCAUCGAGGACGAUAUUGCAGAGAGCGAAAUUGCCGAGAGUGAAGUACCGGAGACUGAGGUUCCUGGGAGUGAAUGUCCCGAGAAUGAGGCCAACGAAAAGCACGAUCCCAACGAGGAGCAUGAGCUCGAUGGGGAGCAUGAACCCGAUGAGAAGCAUGAGCUCAACGAGAAACAUGGGCUCAACGAGAAGCAUGAACUCAACGAGAAGCAUGUGGUCCAUGAGAAGCAUGGGGUCGAGUCAGACACUUUGAAUGAAACACCCGCUCCGCCAGUGGCUGCAUGA